AUGAUUCUCCUUCCUCUUCUGCCUUGUGAUUCUUCUUUUUUUUUCGUCUUCUGCCUUGUGAUUCUUCUUUCGCCUUAUGAUUCUUCCUUAUCUUCUUCCGCCUUAUGUUUCUUCUUCUUCUGCUUCAUGGUUAUUUUGCUACUUUUUUACACAUUUCAUUCUCAUUGUUCAUCCUCAAUUUUAUUCGUUUCCUUCUUUUCCUGCAUUCUUAUAAUUUUUUUCAACUCCUUCUACACUUUUCAUUCCUAUUUUCCGUCCUCAUUUUUAUUCGUUUUCUCCUCCCAAUACACCUCCUCUCUCCACUCUUCUUCUGGUGUUCCUGCUAUUUUAGGAUUUUUUAGCUUCUUCUUCCACACUUUUCAUUCCUAUUUUCCUUCAUCAUUUUCCUCGGUUUCUCCUCCUCCUCCUCUUUUCUGCAUUCUCAUGAUCCUUUUAGCUUAUUCUUCAUUUUCAAUUCCUAUUAUACUUCCUCAUUAUGCUUCUUCUUCUUCUUUUUAG